AUUCUGCGUGUUCACACGGCCGACUGCGCUUCCCCCACUGCCUUUUACCCUCAUAUCUGAAGCCCUGAAUCAUAGUAUCUCUAUCUGUGCCUAAAAUAGAUAUAGCAUAGCUAUGGCGAUGCCUAGAAAUUAUAUUAAAUUUGGAAAUGUUUCUAUAGUUGCUCAAAGGAAUCAAGAGCAAAGCUAUAAACCACUAAGUAAAGCAGAUAAGAUUCCUCGCACAGAAGCUGGCUAUUGUGUUUCCGAAGAUAAUAUUGCUGCUAUUGACUUCGGUACCACAUCAGUUUCACUGGCUUACACUACUACUUCGGCAAAAGAUUCUGGAGUAAACACGCUUAUACUUGAUCGUGAAGACCAUUCCAACCGAGUUCCAAAUGCUAUCCUACUAAAAAGAAAUAGAAGAAGUGUAAUUGUGGAAGAGUUUGGAACUUCAGCUCGAAUGAAGUUUGAAAAAAAAAAAGCUAGUGAAUAUCCACAGUAUAUCUAUUUUGAAAGAAUCAAGAUGCUGUUAAAAAGAGAUAAAGGUAUUGACAGACAGACUCUUGUUGAGUCAUUUUCUGGUGAAAAGUUUUACCUUGUUGAAGUCAUUGCAUUUAUACUUCAAUGCAUAAAAAAAAAGCUGAUUAUUCAACUCAACCGUAACGAAGAUGUUUUUCAGACAACUGAUUUUGAUUGGGUCAUUACUGUGCCUGCUAUAUGGGAU